AAUGGUAAAAGGAAAGGAGAGACUCAGACCGGCGCUCCCUGGGUCUGCAGGGUUGAGUUUAGACGCUGUGGGCCGGCUCAGCUCGGGUCCCGCUCGUGGCGUGGAUUUGGCAGCCGGGCCGGAGCAGGGGGGCGUGCGCUCGGCCCACCGUGUCCCCGGAUGCAGCUCUCAGGGCUAGGGCUCUCGGGUGCGUGCGGGGAAGGCUUGGCACCCGACAGACUUGCAGCCCCUCCUCCCACCUGGGGCACUGAGGCUGGCGAGCUGCCACCCGGAGAACAGAGGCUGGAACUCUCCCACCUGGGCCGCGGCGGGUCCCGGUGAGCUGUCUUGACCCUGAAUCCGAAGAGUCGGCUCUUCUGAUUGGCUUAGAGCACAAACGCAGGCGAACGCUGCCCGAAACCCGCUCUUUGAUUGGAUUUUAAACGAACAGCAGAGCACGAAAUAAAGAGGCCUUCAGCCAUUGGGCCAUUGUGUGAAUCUCCUUUUGGCUUCUCCACCGACUGAAUAAGCGUCUCAGGAUCUUCGUCAUGAGUCUUAAAUCUGGGCCUGUCAGUUCGCCCCAGCGUUACUCGUCUUUCGGCAGGGCAAGGAGUUUACAGAGUUCAACCAAUCAUAUAACGCCGAGAUCAGGUUGCCAGGCAGAUUAUGCUAAUGAGGCCCCGCCUUUUAUGCUGCUCCCACUCUGCGGCGGGAAGAACCACCUGGAGGUGGCGGGGGGGUUUGAUUUCCAUCACCCCUAGGGAGAGAGGAUCGGGGACCCGCUGAUCUACCAGCUCCCCUCACCCAACGUCGUGCACGUCGCAGAGAGAGGCCUUUUUGUCUUUUAUGAACACGAGCGUGGUGGACAGAUGACUGUCCUUCACCCCAUGCUGUUCUAGGUGCCUGGGCUGCUGUCCAACAGGGAAGGGAUGGAUUCCAAAGAUGAGAGCUCACACGUGUGGCCUCCAUCCGCAGAACACGAGGAGAAUGCCACGCAGGUGCACUUUGUUCCAGACGCUGGAACUGUAGCCCAGAUUGUCUACACCGAUGACCAGGUCCGGCCACCACAGCAGGUGGUGUACACGGCAGAUGGUGCCUCCUACGCAUCAGUGGAUGGUCCAGAGCAUACACUGGUCUACAUCCAUCCCGUGGAAGCUGCGCAGACUCUGUUUACAGACCCAGGCCAGGUAGCCUACGUCCAACAGGAUGCUACAGCUCAGCAGGCCUCGUUGCCAGUGCACAACCAGGUGUUACCCUCCAUGGAGGGUGUGGACGGCUCCGACCCCUUGGCUACCCUGCAGAACCCCAUGGGUAGACUGGAGGCCAAGGAGGAGGAGGAGGAAGAGGAGGAGGAAGAGGAAGAGGAGGACUCUGAGGACGACGAGGAGGAGGAGGGCGAAGACACAGACCUGGAUGCCUGGGAGCCUGACCCCCCUCGGCCCUUCGAUCCGCACGACCUGUGGUGCGAAGAGUGUAACAACGCACACUCGUCUGUGUGCCCGAAGCAUGGCCCCCUGCACCCCAUCCCCAACCGGCCAGUGCUGACAAGAGCACGGGCCAGCCUCCCGCUGGUGCUGUACAUCGACAGGUUCCUCGGAGGUGUGUUCUCCAAAAGGCGCAUCCCCAAGCGCACCCAGUUUGGCCCCGUGGAGGGGCCGCUGGUCAGGGAGUCCGAGCUGAAGGACUGUUACAUUCACCUCAAGGUUUCUCUUGAUAAAGGGGACAGAAAAGACAGGGAUUUGCAUGAAGACUUAUGGUUUGAGUUGUCCGAUGAGACCCUUUGUAACUGGAUGAUGUUCGUACGUCCGGCGCAGAAUCACCUGGAGCAGAACCUGGUGGCUUACCAGUAUGGCCACCACGUGUACUAUACCACGAUCAAGAACGUGGAGCCCAAGCAGGAGCUUAAGGUAUGGUAUGCUGCAUCCUAUGCUGAGUUUGUGAACCAGAAAAUUCAUGACAUUUCUGAGGAAGAAAGGAAAGUUCUUCGCGAGCAAGAGAAGAAUUGGCCCUGCUACGAAUGUAACCGCCGAUUUAUAAGCUCGGAGCAGCUGCAACAGCAUCUCAAUUCUCAUGAUGAGAAACUGGAUGUGUUUAGCAGAACGAGAGGCAGAGGAAGGGGACGAGGCAAGAGGCGGUUUGGCCCAGGUCGACGGCCAGGGCGUCCUCCAAAAUUUAUCCGCUUGGAAAUAACCAGCGAAAAUGGGGAAAAGUGUGAUGAUGGGACCCAGGACUUGCUACAUUUUUCCACCAAGGAACAGUUUGAUGAGGCUGAACCAGCGGCUCUGAAUGGGCUGGAUCAACCAGAGCAGACCCCUCUCCCAAUCCCUCAGCUGCCACAGGAAGCAGCAUCUUCUCUGGAGCACGAGCCAGAAACACACGAGCUACACCUGCAGCCCCACCAUGAGGAGAGCGUGCUGCCAGCCCCAAGCACCCUGACAGCCGACGAUAUGCGCAGGGCCAAGCGCAUCCGAAACGCAGCUCUUCAGCAUCUCUUUAUUCGGAAGUCCUUCCGGCCUUUUAAAUGUUUGCAGUGUGGGAAGGCCUUCCGUGAAAAGGACAAACUGGACCAACACUUGCGCUUCCAUGGGCGGGAGGGGAACUGCCCGUUGACCUGUGACCUCUGUAACAAGGGCUUCAUCAGCAGUGCGUCCUUGGAGAGCCACAUGAAGCUCCACUCAGACCAGAAGACUUACUCUUGCAUUUUUUGCCCAGAAUCCUUUGACCGUCUUGAUUUGUUGAAAGAUCAUGUGGCCAUUCAUAUCAAUGAUGGCUACUUCACCUGCCCAACUUGUAAGAAACGGUUCCCAGAUUUUAUCCAGGUGAAAAAACACGUGCGAAGCUUCCACUCAGAAAAGAUCUAUCAGUGUACAGAGUGCGACAAGGCUUUCUGCCGGCCCGACAAGCUGCGGCUGCACAUGCUCCGACACUCGGACCGCAAGGAUUUCCUGUGUUCCACGUGUGGGAAGCAGUUUAAGCGAAAAGACAAGCUACGGGAACACAUGCAAAGGAUGCACAACCCUGAGAGGGAGGCCAAGAAAGCCGACCGCAUCAGCCGCUCUAAGACCUUCAAGCCACGCAUCACGUCGACCGACUAUGACAGCUUCACGUUCAAGUGCCGCCUGUGUAUGAUGGGCUUCCGGAGACGAGGCAUGCUGGUAAAUCACUUAUCAAAGAGGCACCCAGACAUGAAGAUAGAAGAGGUGCCAGAGUUAACUCUACCCAUCAUAAAGCCCAACCGGGACUACUUUUGUCAGUACUGUGAUAAGGUUUAUAAAAGUGCCAGCAAGCGAAAAGCCCACAUUCUGAAGAACCAUCCUGGGGCUGAGCUCCCCCCGAGCAUUCGGAAACUUCGUCCCGCGGGCCCUGGAGAACCAGACCCCAUGCUGAGCACCCACACCCAGCUCACGGGCACCAUAGCUACGCCGCCCGUCUGCUGCCCUCACUGCUCCAAACAGUACAGCAGCAAGACCAAGAUGGUACAACACAUUCGAAAGAAGCAUCCAGAGUACGCCCAGCUCCCCAACACCAUACAUACGCCGCUGACAACAACUGUGAUCAGUGCAGCCCCAGCCGUUUUAACCACAGACAGUGCGACUGGAGAGACUGUGGUGACAACGGACCUGCUAACCCAGGCUAUGACAGAACUGUCUCAGACCUUAACAACGGAUUACCGGGCGCCGCCAGGGGACUACCAGAGAAUCCAGUACAUCCCUGUGUCGCAGUCUACAGCUGGUUUGCAGCAGCCUCAGCACAUACAGCUUCAAGUGGUGCAGGUGGCCCCGGCCACUUCCCCUCACCAGUCCCAGCAGUCCACGGUGGACGUCGGCCAGCUCCACGACCCUCAGACCUACACACAGCACGCCAUCCAGGUGCAGCACAUCCAGGUCACGGAGCCCCCCGCCCCAGCUGCACCUGCAUCCCAGGUGGCGGGGCAGCCGCUGAGCCCCUCCUCCCAGCAGUCUCAGCAGGGGCUCAGCCCCUCCCACCUGGCAGGUGGCUCCUCCUCGCAGGGCGGGGCCCUCCCACAGCAGACCCCCAGCUCCACCGUCCAGCACACUUACCUCCCCAACACCUGGAAUUCCUUCCGUGGCUACUCAUCCGAGAUUCAAAUGAUGACACUUCCCCCAGGUCAGUUUGUGAUUACAGAUAGUGGCGUGGCAACUCCUGUCACCACCGGCCAGGUGAAGGCGGUUACCCCGGGUCAUUAUGUGUUAUCAGAAAGUCAACCAGAACUGGAGGAAAAGCAAGCUUCUGCUCUCUCUGGGGGAGUCCAGGUUCAGGCAACCUCUCACAGUGACUUGGACCCCCAGACCACCAGCCAGCAGCCCACACAGUAUAUCAUUACAACCACCACCAAUGGGAAUGGGAGCAGCGAAGUGCAUAUCACUAAACCUUAACUUCCAUCCUUGGGCCAGAGUCAAGCAGUCAUAUCAUAUCAUUUCUUAUUUAUAAGUCUGGAAGCUUCUGACACUUAGAGCUCCUUUUUAAGAUGUAUCAUUCACUCAAGAGUUUGGAAAUCACAGUUUUGACACUCAUGCAUACACUGGGGCUUAUUUUAUCCAGGUUGUCUUUACCAAAUUGACCCUUCAAACCUUAGGAGUUUCUGCCAUGGAAUGGAGAUUUUUUUUUUUUUUUUUUUUUUUUGCUGCCCCAAGGCAUAUGGAAUUCCUGGGCCAGGUAUCAGAUCUGAGGCACACUUGCAACCUGAGUUGCAGCUACAGCAAUGCUGGAUCCUUAAUCCACUGUGCCAGGCUGGGGAUCAAACCUGUGUCCCAGUGCUCCCAAGAGGCCGAUCCUGUUGAGCCACACUCGGAACUUUGGAACGGAGAAUUUUCAGGGGAAAAUAGAUUUCAGGAUGGAGAAACUUUGCCUUGCUCUUGAGUUGGUUUUUUAACACAUGGAUAAGCCUUACUUUUCCUCUGUGGAAAUAUUAAGUGGUGUAUUGUGUUUGUACCAAAGGUGGAGAAAGGAUGUGCCAAGUCCAUGGCUACUGGACUUCUUAAUUCCAAGCCGUGGCACCAAAGGACAAGGGGCAUUUUAUGGGUGUGUGUUAGGUCAGAAGUGCUUCAUCUUAUGAGUCUGCAUUUUCAGUAAUUUUACAAAGGGAGCCUAUUGAAUAUGAAAAUUGAAAUGAUGAAACAAAGGUUUGGCAGUGGUGGUUUAGAGAAAAAACUGUCAUCUACAUUUUUUAAAUUGCUGACCUUUAAAAAAACUUGCCUUUUUUGGAAGACCAUUGUUAGGCUGUUGGUAGUGCUUUCCACAGACGCUGGCCCUCGGCCCAUUCGGCCAGAACCUCGUGUUCUGAUGGAUCUUACUUUGUUACUCCACAAUGUGGACUCCCUGUACAAGCACAGGUUGCUUUGAUGGCAGCAGAAUUUCAAUUCCUACGUUAAAGCUUGGCCUCCCGUUCUCUGGUUAUAUGAAGAAGAGGAUAUUGGAGAUGACGGUACCAAGAAAAAUUACCAAAACUUUAUAGAGGGUAUAAAAAGCACUGAGACCAUGUCCAGGAUCCACUUACCCCUCAUUGGUAAAGGGUGAAUCCUGGCUCUUAACCAGGUAUCUAUUCAACUCUUGCUCACAGCAUUCAGUGUAUUUUAGUAUUUCUAAUGCUGUCUUAAAAUGAACAUUCUUUAAGGUUGGAUGGAAAGGUGGUCCUCUUUAUUUCUUAACACUUUUGACCUUUUGGUAAAAUGACCAACUUCACAUGUAGGGGAAAAAUAAAAAUGUGAGGACCAUUUAUCAUAUAUUAAGCUAAUUAUAAGGGAUCUGGUAGAAGUCCAGUCUUAAUAUUACACUGUCAGUUGGGAGAAGGAGAAAAACCUGCCUCAAAUGAUAGUUUUUCUUAUUUGUGUUCCUGUUUGGGUGUCUUCUUAGCUAUUAAUUCAGUGGGAGAAGAUAUUUCCCUUUUUACUGUACAUUCCUAUUGUGCACCUAAAACAAUGCAGAAAUCAGUAUGUAUUUUGACAACUUUUUGUGACAUGCUAAUUCAUUUUUAGAAGAAUUAUGGUAUGGUAGAAUCUAUCACUCCAGCACAGGAAGACCUACCUUCAAUUUCAAAUGAAGUUAACUAAUUUAUUUUAUUUACACUUCUGGGUAAAAACUGGUUCUAUAUAUUAGGAAGUAUAAUAGCUUCUUUAUGAUAAAAAUACUUUUUUUCAAAAGGAAACAACUCUAUUGAACUAUCUUUACUAAUAUGUAAAUUUUGCACUUUAUUUUUGAGACCUCAUUCAUUUAGUUAUCCCUGGAAAUUUAGGCACUAAGAGGACUUGAAAGUUAACCUGGUAAUUGUGUAAAAAAUAAAAAUGGGCUCUGUAUCUUUGGUAACAAAGAGGUGCUGAUGUUUUCAAUAGAAAAUAAUGACUCUGUGUCACAAUAUAGAGAUUUUGAGUCCCAGAGUCCUACAAUGUGAUGAUUAUAAAUAUGCUAGUGUUCAGUCUAGAAAGACUUGCUAGUAAAGAAUGUUAGACUUUCUCAAAGGUCCAGUUUAGUUUUUAUAACUUAAUUUGGUCCUAUUGGGUCCUUUUUAAUUUGAACCAACAAGGUACCUCCCUCCCCUCAGGAAUAACAUUGAUUAAAGCUGAAAACUAUCGCUGAAUGGAAUGUUCAUUUUAUGCCAGUUAUUUCAAGUUUUAAAAUACACCGAAGGGAAAAAAUAUUGUGGAAGGACCUGUGUUUCUUUCCAAUCUGAUUUCUUUUUUCCCCCUUUUUGUUUUUCUGUCCUUACAUGGAAGAAGUAAAGACUCUAAAACUGAUUUGUAUAUUAUCAACCAGAGAUGCAGGGGUGGCAGUCAAGCCAGACAACAUUGCUUUGAGAUCAGGUGUUCUGCACAUUUAUUCUAAGGUAAAAAAUUUUCAAAAGGAUUUGGAUUUAAAGAGAUGGCAGAUGAUAAGCCAUCUGAAGACCCAAUUUGGAAAAAAAUGUAUGUAGGCAAUGUUUAUAUUGUGGCCUCUCCUAAGACACACUGACAGUGUAGUGUGAAAAUUAUGGAGUACCUUACAUAUAUAUUUUAUAUUUUUAUUGUUUGAUUUGUGCCCACAUAAACAGACAUUUCAUCAUGUAAAAUUCCUGUUAUUCUGGGAAAACCUAUUGUUUUGAUCUUGAAUUGUUUUCUGAUUUGGAAUUAUCCUUUCAAAAAACUCUUACGAUAUGUACGACUAAAAAGCACUUCAUGAGAUGCUAAAGCUGACCCACAGGUUGAAAAUGUUGACCCUAUCCUGUUAUUUAAAUGUGAACAUUUAUUGUACAUUCAGUGAGUUAUAGUAUUAAUAGUCUUGUGCUAUUCAGCAGGUGUAAAAAUUAAUAAAUAUUUUUUUUUA